UUAUUUCAGCCUCUAACGCCGUGCCUCCUGCUCUGAAUCGCCCUCCUCCAGCAGCCAUGGCUCAGGUCGCCAACCACGGACGGCUGCUGCUGCAGCGCCUGCACCAGCAGCGCGAGAUGGACUUCCUGUGCGACAUCACCAUCAUGGUGAAAGACGUGGAGUUCAGAGCGCACCGCAACAUUCUGGCCGCCUUCAGCGACUAUUUCUCUGUCCAGGCGGAAAAGGGCGAAGAGUUCACCACCCUGGACCCGGAGAAGGUGAGCCGCUACUCGCUGGAGAAGCUCCUGGAGUUCGUCUACACGGGACACAUGAACCUCAGCAGGUACGCCGUCCGCCCGCCGCCACGGGAGAGAUAAUUGGUCGAUAAGUC